GCGGAGGGGGAGGUGGCCGGCUGCUUCUCGCGCGUCCGCCAUUUUGUUGCUGUGGCUCUUGGGAACGGGCUGGGCAGAGGCGCCCCGAAGGCGCGACGCUCCCUGGGAGUCCGGUGCUUGGCGAGGCGCCUGCGGUCGGUCCCGGGCCGUGGGGGUUGCGGAGCCGGCGUGCUGUAGGUCAGGGGUCCCUGGAGGGAACCCCCCAGGGGGAGCCCGGAGCCCAGAAUCCCGGGGCGGCCUCGGCGCGCCGCGCGCCCUCGUCUGCCGCGCGACCCCGGACUCGGCACCGGUUCCCCGGGCCGGCGGCCUCCGCGAGGCGGCCCCGGAGCAGGCGGGCGGCGGCGGAGGAUGCUGCGGGACCGAAGCCGAGAGGAAGGCUCGGCCUGUUAGAGCGCGCCUCGAGGUGUGCCGAGAGGCCCGUCCGCGGCCCCCAGAGCCGUCGGUCGGGCGCGGCGUCCGGAUCGGCAGAGAGCAGCCGCCGCCCCCCACCCACCGCGGAGGCCCCCUGGCCGACACCAUGUCCUCCGCCAGGUUCGACUCCUCGGACCGCUCGGCCUGGUACAUGGGGCCGGUGUCGCGCCAGGAGGCGCAGACCCGGCUCCAGGGCCAGCGCCACGGCGUGUUCCUGGUGCGCGACUCGUCCACCUGUCCCGGGGACUACGUGCUGUCGGUGUCGGAGAACUCGCGCGUCUCCCACUACAUCAUCAACUCGCUGCCCAACCGCCGCUUCAAGAUCGGAGACCAGGAGUUUGACCACCUGCCGGCCCUGCUGGAGUUCUACAAGAUCCACUACCUGGACACCACCACCCUGAUCGAGCCCGCGCCCAGGUAUCCAAGCCCACCAAUGGGAUCUGUAUCAGCACCCAACCUGCCUUCAGCGGAAGAAAAUUUGGAAUAUGUUCGGACUCUCUAUGAUUUUCCUGGCAAUGAUGCUGAAGACCUACCCUUUAAAAAGGGUGAGAUCCUGGUGAUAAUAGAGAAGCCCGAAGAACAAUGGUGGAGUGCUCGAAACAAGGAUGGUCGUGUUGGGAUGAUUCCUGUCCCUUAUGUGGAAAAGCUUGUGAGAUCGUCACCACAUGGAAAGCAUGGAAAUAGGAAUUCCAACAGUUACGGGAUCCCAGAACCUGCUCAUGCAUAUGCUCAACCUCAGACCACAACUCCUCUACCUACGGUUUCCAAUUCUCCUGGAGUAGCAAUCAAUCCCUUGCCAUCCACACAGAAUGGACCUGUCUAUGCGAAAGCAAUUCAAAAAAGAGUACCUUGUGCUUAUGACAAGACCGCCUUGGCAUUAGAGGUUGGUGACAUUGUGAAAGUUACAAGGAUGAAUAUAAAUGGCCAGUGGGAAGGCGAGGUGAAUGGGCGCAAAGGGCUUUUCCCUUUUACACAUGUCAAAAUCAUUGACCCUCAAAACCCGGAUGAAAACGAGUGAUUGCUGUCACCUUGUCUCCUGCUGCUUUGUUGUUCUGCCUGUCAUAAUCUCCUUUGAUGUGGGAAAAGCUUUCUCUCAUAGGCAAAUUACACUGCAUUGCCGAAGUCCAGCUGUCUGCAGACUGGUGAUCCCAUAUACAUUUGGAAUGCACACAGUGAUUGCCUCUGAUGUAUCAUAGUCAUUGUCAAAAAAUAGUCAAUUGUAGAGUUUGGAAUCAUAAACUGGAAAUACUGGUGGAAGCACACAAGUGGAGAGAAGAUGACAAGGAAAGGGUCUUUUCUUCUCCUAACUACUCUGUUCGUGUUGUGAUUGAUUCUGUCCUGUUCAUCAGAGAAAUCUUGAGGCCAUGGUGAGACUUUGCACAUUGCUGUUCCAUGAAGCAGUGGCCCAGUUGCCGUUUUGUUUUUCCUUUGAAGAACAGAAGUAAACCUUAAAAAAGAAUUCUGUCAUCCUAAACUCCCCAAAUUUGAAUUCCUUUUCUCCUUUCGUUUUUAUUUGGUAUUGGAAGAUGUAAUUAAUUAGACUUGCUGUUCUAAAUAGGUUUGUUUUUACAUAGCACAUUGGACUUUUGUGAUAUUACAAGGAAUAUCCUGUGCCUCUGAACUUCUAACUUAUAGCUGCUGUAACAAAAGGAAUAUGAAAAACAACCCUGAAGCAGAGGCCUUGAUUCUCUUGGUUGCUGGUAUCUUGUUUUGAUAUAUUACAAACAACACAGAAGUCAGCAGUUCUGGUAUGCCAGUUUGUGUGCACAGAGCAUUGGAGUGUGUAUGAGGGUGAUGUGGGGAGCCCUUGCUUACCUUGUUUGCCAGUGACGAGGGUAGUGGCAGGGAGUACUUGGCCAGUUUUCUGUUUAUCAUAUUAGUAAAUGCACCCUUUUAAGGUUGUAGGAUUUGUUUUCAAAGUGAGUUAAUAGGAUCAUUUACUUAAUAAAUGCUCACUUCGAUGCAUUAAAACCCAGAUCAAGCUUACCAUGCUGCCAGGGAAAGAUGGUGUUUAAUACUGAUUUCACAACCUAGAUACCCAUCAUGCUCCCAAGCAGAGAAAAUUUAAGAUCCAGAAAUUGGUUAAUAAAUUGAUGUCUAAUGUUUUGGUGAGCAUCACAAACCAUUAGCCAGUUCAACCGUUAACCACUUAACAGUUUGGUGUCAAAAUUCUCCCACUAAACAGAGCCUAUUGUUCAUACAAGUCUUCUGGUACAAAGUCCACCCAUUUCUCAUCUGCUGCACAUAGAUAAGAAUUCUGAACCUUUUGUGCACUUCACUUUCUGGACAUUGAUGAAGACAGGCCUCUGCUCAGAAUUAAUAUAUCAGACCUGGAAAUGUAGUAACACCCCAGUGAGUAAACAUAAUUUACUGAGCAUGUGCUAAAAAAUAAAACCAUGGUCCUGUCUUCCAAGGCUUUUAGUUUUGGGGAGUUUGAGCAGUGUAUUGCUGGUGACAGGACCAACAGAACAAGCAUUUUUCAGCUUCUUUUUAAAAUCAGUAUUUUUUUUUAACCAGGUAGGUAACUGCCAUAUUAAAUCUUAAGAGAUUUUUGGUGGCAAAAUCAUUGCAGGGUGGGGUGGGGGGUGGGAAUCACUGUGGCUGUUUAUGACUGAUUUUUCUGGAAAGACUUUUUAGCUACUCCUAAUCUUUGAGAACUGUGGCCACCUCCUACUCUGAAAAUACCUGACUGUUGCAGUUUUGUUGGAUUCAGGCACAGGCGAUGUACAGCAGGUGGCACUUGUCUGGCAGAAAUUCUGCUCUGCCUGGAAAUGUUUGCCCUGUAGUCAGUGACCCAGAACCUGAGGGCAUUGUCUAACAGGAGAAGGAAUAUAUACUUUGCUAAAGGAAGGCACCUUUUAAAGUCAGAUUUAGCUGAGAAGCUAACUACUUGAAAUGACAGUAGUUGGAUCAGAGCACAAGAUAUAUAUGGCAUUUUUGGAAAGCAAGGUUUCCUUCUAGCCAUGUCUACUGGCCUUUAGUAGGACCCACCUCAUGCGGAGCACUUCAGAACCAGAAUACCCCAUAAACCUAGUUUUAUUUUCUUAAUACUGUUCAUCACGUAAGCCCAUAUGUAUGUAUCCAGGACUGCUCGAGAUUCAGAGCCCAAAAUAAGGUGAGCUUUGAGUUCGGAACUCUAAAAUGUGCCAAAAGUAGUGACUUUUUUACUUAGAAACAUUAGCUUUUUAGUCACGCAGGGAAUUUCUCUUUUUCACACUAAAUACACAAAAACUGCACCCCGCCUCAGCUUUGUGCCUGGGUUCCGCAGUGAUGGGGAAGACGUCUGUGCUUCAUAAAGCAACAUGAACCCUACCCAGAGGAGCUGCCUUCCCUCCUGGGUAGGUUUCUCGUGUAGGACUCUUCAUCGUGGCAACUUGCUCUGCUCUUAUGUGGUGUUUUAGAAAAUAAUUGGGUGGUUAAGUUAACUCGGGAAGUGAACAAGUUUUGUGCUAAAGGGUUCGUCAAAAACUUCUUACUGGAGAACAGUCCCCAGCCCUGGAGUCAUCCUUCUCGUUUCUGCACAGUGUGGGGCCACCUGAUGGCAUGGCAAACAGAGGACACUGACUGGCUGCCAUGCGACUGCUCGUCCAGAAAGUCAUGUUCUGUGCUCAUGGUUGGAAAACAGAAAGGAAGGAAGACUGGCUGCUCCACUGGGGCACAAGCAUCCCUGGCACUGUGCCAACUUUCUUUUACAUCUGUUUACAGAUAGGGCGGGCCAGGACAGAAGGCUGGCCACUGCUCUCAUAAUGUUUGCUCAGAGGAAUAUGAACAUUUUAUUUUUGAAAAGGGAUGAUGUGUUUUUGUGCCAGGUGUUUAUAAUUUAAUCCUUUAAUAUUCUGUUCAUUAACCUCUUAAAAAUGAGUGAAUUCUUGAUUGUUUAACACAGUACCUAAGACUCAUGCUUUCUGUGGACACCACUGAGCUCUGCCUCAAACUCCACCCUCUGGGACCAGAGAACUCUGUCCCUGGUAACUGCUGUCAGUGUGGACACUGAGCUGGUUGUGUAUUCUAAAGGAGUAGAAGGAAAGUUCCCUGAGACAGGGUCGUUGUCUCUGCAAGAGGAACAGUGGCCUUGCUUCUAGACGGUCUUCACUGUGUGUUUUAAAACAACAACACAAAACUCUUUUGACCUAUAACUUAAAAGAUCAUAAAUUUCAGGCAAUAAUAUUUUUUGUGUAUGCCUUCCAAAUUAUUUUUUGGGAUCAUAGCUUGUUUUAUUUUGUGCUAUAAAAUUUAACAGUAUUAAAUGACUUAUAUUCUUAGAAUACAUUGAGUGUCUUUUCUUAACAGAUUAGUGCCUUUUUAUUUUUGUAUUCCAUUUUGCGUUUCUGGUCCCAGCAUCAGAGCCCUUGUUUCCAUGGCCUGUUUGUACAUUGUCUCAAUAAAACAUGCAUCAGCCAGUGGUGGCUGCA